AUGGAGCAAGACUACUUCCACGGUCUGCUGCCUCGUGACGACGUCGCCGUUCUGCUGACAAAACACGGUGAUUUCCUCGUACGAUUGAGCGAAGCGGAUACGAUGGGUGCAAGACUGGAGACGGUUUUGUCUGUGAUGCACGAUCCGAGAUCGCGUUGUAAAACUCGUGAUCCCGAAGCCAGAAUGGACUUUGUACGAGUUUUCCAUUUGAUACAUCAGCUUUCAUUCGGAUCUCGUCUACAACAGGUGCAGUUGCUUAGAGGGGUUGGACUGGCGUCAUGGGAAUUUCGUGCGGAACACGUGCAACUCGAUCAACUCAUCUGUAGGUUCAGCUGUGGAGAAGUACGUAGAGGAAAAAUAGUACGAAAAGAUUCUCCAAAAUUGGAAGUCGCUGUCAAAACG